CUUGUAACCAGCGGUUACAAUUAUUAUUUGUCGGCUCCACCGCAAUUUGAUAUUCCCUCUUCCCAAAAGAAUAACACGCCCUUUAAACAAAUAGACCUCCUACUAACACUAAAUGGGUCAGUGGCUGCACACAGUGGCUUGAUGUGUGUAGUGAUCGCUGCUCCACUCACAACACACCUUCAGUUUGUAUGUGUACUUUUUGAGCAUUGUAAACUACUCUCCGUGACGGGGUAACGCAUAAAUCCCGCCCGGAUUUGUACUACUUGCUCGUAGAUGGAACCCCAAGGCGAUUAUGGCAAACCACCAUGUUAGGAGCAUAAAUGUCAAAAAUCGUUCGUAAAUUUUAUUCACGAACGAUUCUCGGCAGAACUUCGGCUCCCUCGAGAAUUUUCAAUUUUGAUAAAAAGGUCUUCGCGACCAGAAAAAAAUCUCUUUUCCCUGGAAAUCUCGAAAGUUAUAGAAGUGCGCGAUAAUCGAGUAAAUUGUUUUAACACAAAAGUUUGUAAGAAGAAGAAUAAUGAAGUGGAAGUGUUAAUUAUUAAGGUUAUUGUUUCUUUGUUUUAGGUGACAAUUGUUAGUAGAACAAUUAGUUUUGUUAGUAAGAAUCAAAAGCAGUUAGUAGUGUUAAAAGUGUAUGCUAAGAUUUUGCCAAAAAAACCGUAUAAGAAGUGAAAACUGCCAACGUGAAGGUUUUAGAAGAAGAAAAAGGUAAUUGUUAAAAGUUUCGUUAAUUGUACUGUUAAAUAAGUGUUAAUGUGAAAAUUUGUUAGAGGCCUAAGAGUUAUGACGUCACGGGGUAUUAAUUGAAAGGGCAGGUCCACAAAGCGGGCCUUUUUCUGUCUUUUGUGCAGUUUCUUGGCAGACGACGAACCGGAAGCAACGAAAGUGGAGACAGUGGACUCGGAAGUGGACAGGACCUAAGCGCAUCCAGGUCGAGAACAGCACCAUUCGCCCUUUUGCUGUUGGGGAAAAAUCAAUACCAGCCCUGGUGGCCGUCGAAUGCCACCGUCGCCAUCUUCCAAGCCACCAAACUUCCAUUCUAGUUUUCUGCUACCACCUGUGUCGCCAACCCUGCACGUGACCGGUUCCUAGUGGUGAAUCCGGUACCCGAACACCAUCUGCGGCCCCUACGCCGGAAAGCCGGCCCCGCAGCGAGAAAGUAAUCGCCGUUGAUCAACAUCCAGCGGCCAAAGCAACCAUCCAUCGGUCCGUUACCGCCGAGCGUUGUGAACGUCGGCAACCGGCCGGCCAGCCCGAAGUCGUACGCUUCAAGCCCCGCAUGUCACCGUAACCGCCACCAGCCCUGUCAGGAUCGCGAUCCGAAUGCCGAAACAAGCAAGUACCCCGCAUGACGUCAUUAAUAAAAUUGUAACCCUAUUAUGAAAAUUUGGCCUCAGUAGCUAUUUGUUCAAAGAGCAUAGCCCUGGUGAUUGAUAUUUCCACUCCUUUUCGUAUCUCCGCUUUGUCGGGUUCAGAAAGGAACCAAAUUGCUUCCACUUUCGGAUUUCCAAAACUUAUUUUGAAUUUGAAAUUUCUCGGUGUAGAACAUUUUGGUUAACUUCCGUUUAAUCGACGAAAGGUGAAGUCAGUGGGCAGUGGUUCAAUUCGAGCAGUUUCUGCUUAUGGUGAGUACCUUUCAGCUGUGUGUGUGUUGCGUGUACAAGCCGAUAAACGACCCUGUGAUCCCUUUAACCCUGAGCUGGCGAGUAACAAUUGGCGCCCAACAAAAAUUUGAAUUUGAAUCGUUUUCGUUCCCGGUGGGGGCGGUAAAAACGACUUGCCGUUUUGAAAUUUAUCUUCGUCCUCCAAACGAAGGAGAAAGAGUGUUUGAGAACUGUUGAAUUUCAUUCACAUCUAAGAUGGAUGUUGAAUUUGAUUUGUUAUACACCGGUUUGUCGAUUCAUCACCUCGAUCGUGAGGAGAUUGAAUAUGAAUUGAAAAUUCGAGGGCUUCCAUUCACCGAAACCGAGACGCGCGCGGCACUGAUGAGACGUUUGAAAGAUCGGUUGAAAGAGGAGAAGGGAGCAAAUCGCGAUCUAGAGUUCGAACGGUUGAACACCACGGUAGAUGAUGAAAUUAAAAUUAUCGAUACGAGAGUGAAACAGAUUAAAGACUUUUUAGUCAAUAAAUCAAAGUUUGAUGGAAUUCGAGAAAGCCUCAAAACGCGACUCGUACAUUACUUCGCACGUGCGAAGCGGUUGCCGGAUAACACGGACAAAGAAGAGGAUCUCGCGGAUAUAGACUCGUUGAUAGCGAGUAUUCGUGGAGCUUUUAAUACCCACUUCUCGUUGUUUUCAGGACAACGUGACGUAAUCGAACAGCUUAACCAAUCGUUUUCGAGAAUGCUUUCAGCCAACAAUAGUGCUGCGGACAAGCAAAAUGAAGAGGUUGAAUCACUCGUUUCUUCGAACCGUUCUAGCAGAAGAAAUUUAAAAUCAGUCGACAAUCCCGUCGCGAGUCAAAAUUUAGCAACAAAUUUCCUUCCAUGGAUGAUACCACCGUGGAUGUUUGGGAACCCCCAGAUGCAAAUGUGGGCCACUCAACAGAUGUUGGGAGCAGGUUCUUUAGGUAACUUUUCUAAUCAAUUGAAUGUUCCUAUCGGACCCGGACAGGUAGAUAAUUCGAACGCGAAACCGCGAAAAUCGCCCCGUCGCGUCAAACAGAGAGUCAGAAGCACGAGUUCUGAAUCCAAAGAUUCGUCCGGUACAGAAUCCGGAUGGCCAUCGGAUGAGCCUCCGAAACCGGUCCGCGAAAAGAAACGCGAAAGCAAACCGCGAAAUCGUCCAGUGUCGGACUGGAGACUUAAGUACGACGGCGCGGAUAACGGUCAAAACUUGAUGAAGUUUCUGAAAGAAGUUGAAUUCUACGCGAAAUCCGAGGACAUGUCACCGAAAGACUUGUUCCGAUCGGCCAUCCACCUUUUCAGUGGAGCCGCCAAAACUUGGUUUAUGACCGGUUUUGAAAACGAAGAUUUUACGUCUUGGGAAGAACUCAAGGAGGAGCUUAAGCGCGAGUUCUUAAGCCCCGAUCACGACCAUACGUCGGAAAUACGCGCGAUCGCGAGAAAACAAGGUCCACGCGAAACCUUUCAAGAUUAUUUCAUCGAGUUGCAAAAGAUUUUCAACUCGUUGACCAAACCGAUGACCGAGCGUCGAAAAUUCGAAAUCGUGUUUCGCAACAUGAGAGCGGAUUACAAAGGCCACGUUGUUUCGUCGGAAAUUGACAAUCUGGCCGAUCUUAAGAAGUUUGGUAGAAGGUUGGAUGCGACGUAUUGGUACAAAUACCAAACAUCCUCCAAUGACGCGAAUACACGUGGUAAACCAUCGCAAGUUAACGAGAUUAAUACAGGAACGAAGCCGAAACCGAAGGCCAAGUCAGAAGAAAAACAGAGAUCGCGUACGUUCCACAAUUCGUCGAGAGAUCGUCGCGGUUCUGAAGAUGAAAACGAUUCACGGCCGCGAAAGUCCAAAAGUCCUGUCCGGCCGAACGAACAACAAGAUGUUCUACAGAUGCUUGUCGAUAAAUAUAAACCCCUCAAGGACGGGCAUUGCUUCAAUUGUCGUCUUCAAGGUCACCAUGCUCGCGACUGCGACAGACCGAAGCACAAAUAUUGUCAAAAAUGUGGAUUCCUCAACGUGGACACAGCCUCGUGUCCAUGGUGUGCAAAAAACGCGUCGAAAACUGUUCCCGAGGGCAGACAGUUCGACCGACAAUAAAGUCCCUCAACUCUGUUGCCGAAGUCAGAGAGGCUUUGCUAAACUUUGGAUUAGACAAAGUUUCUCCUACCGAAUAUGUCCAUUCACACAAUUUUCAAACGUACGAAACGAUAAUCAACUUAGCCAAUGACGACAGACCGUUUGUGAAAGUCUCCGUUUUCGAAACGCCUAU